AAUUUUUGUGAGCAAAUGUAUCCCAUAACAAAUUAUUACGUAAAAAAAGUAAAAACUGGUGUAUUUAAUUUGAGAAGUAUUAAAUAUAUUGAUAACAUAAUCAACAAGUUUAAUUUUUGGAAAUUAACAGAUGAACCAGAGAUAACUUCAAGCGACUUGAUUAAUAUUAUGACAGAAGCACUACAAAAAGAAGAAAAUAUUUUAAAAGAGUCCCUUUGUAGAUAUGAUGUAAAAAAGAAUGGCACCAUUACAAUAAAAGAUGCAGAAAAAGUUUUCACGAAUAAUAAAUGUUUUAAGGGUAAAUUAUUUGGUAAUGAAUUAAACAACGUACUCAAUGUGUAUACCGAUCCUCAAAAUCAAGUUAAAUACAAUGAGCUGUUAGAAAAUAUUGUCAAGCAUAUUGAAGGACAUCCUAUUGAAGUUGAUAAUCAAGACACUAAUGAUUUCAUAAAAUUGUCGUUCCAAUAAUUAUGUAUAAGAUAAUUUUUAAAAAAAUACUCGAAGUAGCUUAUACUCAUAGUUUAUAAAAUAUAGUAUAACUUUAUUAAAAUCAUUUGUUGCAUGAUAUAUUUAUUUUUAAAUGUUUAAAUUGUUAUAAAUAAAUUGAUGUUUGAUUUA